UCUUUACUAGCUCUUGCUAUCUAUAAUUUUCUCUAUAAAAGUUAAACUAUUGUUGCUGAUGGACUGGUUUGUCGUCGUCACGUGACCGAGUUCCUGGGUUUUCUGACCAAUAGCGGAAAGCCCGUGUGACGUCAGAAGGUUAGCUGCUCAGACUUUGAGUCUCAGCUAGCUUAGCGCUUGGUUACCAUGGUGACGUCCUCUGCGUGUCUGGUUUAGUGGUCAGUUUGUGUGAGUCUUUGCGCAGCCAGGUAGGAACAGCUCUUCCUGUCUCAUUUCUGAGGCACAGCUAGCUUAGCCGCACCUUAGCCGCACCGUUACCAUAACGACACGUCAUCUUAAAAGCGGGGUUUCCUUUCAGAUCCGCGUUUCAUUUCGUUUUCUCUCCACAGCCGAAUGAUAUUAACGGGUUUUGUUAAAGUCGUCGUGAAAAGAACGACUGAUUCGGUUCGAGCUGAAAGGAGAAGAACCUAGAGAAGCCCCAGUCAGGCCCGGUCCGGUCCGGUCCGGUCCGGCAGACAUGGAGCAGUACAGCAUCCUGGGUCGGAUCGGAGAAGGAGCUCAUGGCAUCGUCUUCCAGGCCAAACACAUCGAGACAGGAGAGACGGUGGCCCUGAAGAAGGUGGCUCUGAGGAAGCUGGAGGACGGCAUCCCGAACCAGGCAGUGAGGGAGAUCAAGGCCCUGCAGGAGAUCGAGGACAACCAGCAUGUGGUGAAGCUGAAGGAUUUCUUCCCUCAUGGAACCGGCUUCGUCCUGGUCUUUGACUUCAUGCUCUCUGACCUCUCUGAGGUCAUCAGGAACUCCCAGCGACCUCUGACCCCGGCUCAGGUGAAGGGCUACAUGAUGAUGCUGCUGAAGGGCGUGGCCUUCCUGCACCAGAACUCCAUCAUGCACCGGGACCUGAAGCCUGCCAACCUCCUCAUCAGUUCCUCGGGUCACCUGAAGGUGGCGGACUUCGGCUUGGCCCGGCUGUUCAGUGACCAGGGGGAGCGGCUCUACAGCCACCAGGUGGCCACCAGGUGGUACCGAGCCCCAGAGCUCCUGUACGGAGCCCGGAAAUACGACGAGGGAGUGGACCUGUGGGCGGUGGGCUGCAUCUUCGGAGAGCUGCUCAACUCGUCUCCUCUGUUUCCCGGGGAAAACGACAUCGAACAGCUCUGCUGCGUCCUGCGAGUGCUGGGGACGCCGACCCGGGAGAGCUGGCCCGAAAUGGUCGAGUUGCCAGAUUACAAUAAAAUCACCUUCAAGGAGAAUCCAGCGAUCCCAUUGGAGGAGAUCGUCCCUGACACCUGUCCUCAGGCCGUGGACCUGCUCUGCCGCUUCCUGGUCUACCCGUCCAGGCGGCGCUGCUCCGCCACACAGGUGAGCCCCGGGGAUCCAGGUGACUCGUUAACGGACCGCUCAUUAGGAGAGCUGAUCUCUGAUUGGUUGUUCCUCCUGAAGGCUCUCAUCCAUCCCUUCUUCUUCUCCUCUCCUCUUCCUGCUCACCACUCCGAGCUGCCCAUCCCUCAGAGGGGGGGUCGCCCUCCCCGCCAGCGCCUGCAGGCUCCGCCCACCGACUUCUCUGUGGACCUGCCCCUGCAGAACAGCGUGGUGGACCCCUCGGAGCUGCGGCCACACGCCUCCUGCCUCUGAAAAGACUCAAAGUGUUGGAAAUGAGAGGGGGGGAGAACUACUGAACUACUGAACUGACUUUGGUUUGUUCGUUUUGCAGCAGCUGCUUUGUGACGUGUGUAACUGACUUGUUUCCAUGGAAACCUGUGGUUGUUCUUCAUGAACUCCAGUCCAGAAUGAGGCCUCUGACUGGUGUUACUGGGAAGGCCAGUAAAGUCUUCACUCCCAUCUUCCACCCAGUAUGAAUGAGCUGUAACAGAACCUUCUGGUUCCCUCAGGAUGAUGGUUCUGGUUGGAUUCACUGGGAGAAUCCCAGUCCUCCCAGUAUGGAAGCGGAGCACCAGGCAGGACUGUUUGGACCCGAGUAGCUUCA